GACGCUCGGCGGCGCCAUUACCGACUCCAGCCCGCGCUCCCUCAGCCUCGCCCGCUGCCUCUGCCAGCCCCCGACCACCGGCGCCCAGGCCUCGGCUGGGUGGGAGGAGGAAGAGACGCGGGUGGGCAUUCUUUCCCUCUCCGCGCGCUCUGAUUGGACGGCGCGCGUGGCCUGAGAGGGACAAGCGAGGCUUGGGGUUGGCUGUGCCGCGCGCCCCCCUUUUGCCGCUGAGGGGAAGACGCCUGGAUUGCAACUCCUUCGUCCCUCGGCUUUCCGAUCAAGGAUGUGGCUCCUCAUAGUCGCGGCGAGUUUGAUCCAAGGACUUGCAACUUCAGAAAACUUUGUGAGAAGACGAAAUGUUGACCCUGAAGCUACUAUGAAUAUUAGUGAAAUUAUUUCCUUCAGAGGAUAUCCCAGCGAGGAAUAUGAAGUGGUGACAGAUGAUGGGUAUAUCCUGAGUAUUAACAGAAUCCCCCAUGGGAAAAUAAAUCAAUGGAACAAGGGUCCCAAGCCUUCAGUGUUUCUACAGCACGGCUUGCUUGCUGAUGGCAGUAACUGGGUGACAAAUCUGGACUACAACAGCCUUGGCUUUAUGCUGGCUGAUGCUGGCUAUGAUGUUUGGCUGGGAAACAGCAGAGGUAACACUUGGUCCAGAAAACACAAACACUAUACAGCAGACCAAGAAGAAUUCUGGAUGUUCAGUUUUGAUGAAAUGGCUAGAUAUGACAUUCCCGCUUCAAUAGAUUUUAUCCUGAACAAAACCGGACAGGAGCAAAUAUUUUAUGUUGGCCAUUCCCAAGGCACCACAAUGGCGUUCAUUGCAUUUUCAACCAUGCCACAGCUAGCAAAGAAGGUAAAGAUGUUCUUUGGACUGGCGCCGGUAGCCACCAUAAAGUUUUCAACCAGCCCACUAGCCAAGAUUGGAGUGUUUCCUGAACUAAUGUUCAAGGCAAUGUUUGGGAAUAAGCAGUUUCUCCCUCAGAACAAAGUUAUGAGCUGGCUUGCUACUCACUUAUGCGACCAUUUCGUAUUUGAUUAUCUUUGUGGCAAUGUUUUCUUCCUACUAUGUGGGUUUAAUGAGAAAAACUUAAAUAUGACUCGAGUAGAUGUAUAUUCAACGCACUGUCCAGCUGGGACAUCUGUUCAGAACAUGCUGCACUGGGCUCAGGCUGUGAAGUCCGGGCAGCUCAAAGCCUUUGACUGGGGUAGCAAGAAAGCAAACAUGGCUCACUACAACCAGUCAACACCACCUUUCUACAAAGUAAAGGAGAUGACUGUUCCAACAGCUCUCUGGACUGGAGGUCAUGACUGGCUUGCUGACCCAAAGGACAUUGCCCUAUUGAUGACUCAGGUCCCGAACUUAGUUUACCACAAGAAUAUCCCUGAAUGGGAACAUCUGGAUUUCAUCUGGGGCCUCGAUGCCCCACAGCGCAUGUACAAAGAUAUAAUUCAACUGAUGCAGAAAUAUCAAUAAGGCCACAUCAUCCUAGGAGCUGUGAUUCUGAAACAUUUCUUCAAGAAACUAGCAUGAUCACGCUGCUUUUUUUUUUGUUUAAUCAUGGAAAGAAAUCCUUCCUUCUUUAAAUACGUAUUCUCUUAUAAACCCGUCUACAUGCAGUUUAGUAGUACCUCAGGAAAUUUACAUUUUUGCACUGCUCAUAAGUGUUCUCAUGCAUCUUGAAUGGAGAUGUUGAGACACAACUUAAGUGUUCUUCUCGUUGUGGUAGUCUUGAGGAAAGGAAAAGCCUUGUUGCUAAUCUUGUCUAUUGAUAAGUAUCUGAAAGUAAAUCUUAUCUGCCCAAACUUGUUAUGGAGAGCAGGGUGGAGAAAUGUUCUGGCUAAAGCCUUGCAAACAUCAGGAAGCUUUAUAAAAUAAGAUCUUUGCUCAUCCCACUUCUCAUAGCAGAGUUAGGAAGAUGAGCUGUACUUUUGAUCAGAGAGCAUGGGUGCGUGUUGUAGGCCUAUUUCCAAGUGUGUCUGAUAAUGCCAGUGGGAAGCUUCCAUCAUUUGCUGAUCUUGGCUGACUCUGCACAUUACAAGAAGAAAACAACACACUGCAGUGGUUAAGUGUUCCCAGCAUGGGAUUCCUCUAGGGCUCUUUUUUUGAGUGUUGGACCUUAUAGUCCACCUUAUUCUGAAGUGCAUUCCCUGGAUUGCUCUGGAACUACUCAGGGACAAAUGCUUUAUAGCUGUGCCCUUGUGAUCAAAGCACAAACUGUGUUCUAAAGCUGGUACUUCUUUGAAGAUAAACUGGCAUGUGUUCAGGAAUUAAAAUGCAUGCCUUAAAAUGUGUGACACUGUGUCGCAUUGGGAGAACAAUGCAUGUGACUCUUUCAAAGAGGAGCUGCAUCUAGGGCUUGCUUCUGUAGCCAUGGAAAUAUACGAAAGUAUUAGCCUUCCAGUGUUCAUGUUUAAAAUAUGUGCGUGCUGUUCCAAGGCAGCGACCCUGUGUUUUGAAAGCAGGAAGGUACAUAGCACUUAUUUAAAGGCUGCCAGGUUGAGCCUAAAUGCAUUUUAUUAGGGUUUUGAAAGAAAAAGAAACUUUCUCCAACAAGUCCUUUUUUACUGGAAUACAAGCUCUGAGCAUGUAUUAUAAUGCUGUCCCCAGUGGAACAUUGCUCAGUGGUGGAGCACAUCCUUUACACCCCAUGUUUAACCCGUCAUUUCUGGGUAGACCUUGGAAAGACCCCUUUCUGAAACCCUGGAGAGCUGCUGCCAACUGGUGUAGGUAAUAUGGAGUUAGAUGGGCUAAAUGUUCAGACUAAGGCUGCAUCCAGAUGUCACUUAGUUAUGUCUUCCUAGCAUUUGCCUACCUGUGCACUUUUGUGUUUUAUGUGAUCUUUCACGCAAUGCAACAGCCACCUCUGGAAAUCUAGUGGAUGUUUAGCACUCAUGCCCAAUGCUAAUUCUCUCCAGGAAAUAAUAAUAAUAAUAAUUUGCAAUUGUCUUAAUUUGGAAAAGCGCUGGAGUUUUGUAUUGACAAAAUUUGGGGCGGUAUCCCAGCAUAUAGUUCUUUAACCACCAUUUAAAUUAGCACAACAUGGCAGCAUAUUGAUCAAAAAGCCCAAGUUCUAAAAUGCAACAGGUGCUACAGUAUAAAAGGAAUCUUAGUGAUCGGGACAGAAGCACUUAGCAUUAUAACCAGUAAAACUAAUACAAUAAACCCCACGUCUGAAUGCAUCCUGAGAGCAAGGUAGCUUCCUAUGGCUGAUGUUUCACAGGCCAAGCCUCAGUGAAACGUCCAAUACUACCUACCUCCUUGAUAUUUCAGACCCUAUGGAGCUUUUUUCUAUAUCAAAGAAGUGUUGUGAAAAUAUAUGUUCAAACUGAGAGAUGAAUUCAGAAUUGAGAUGGCAUGAAAUAUUUUUAUUAACUAAAUUCAGAACUAGCUUAUAUGGAAAAUGACUCUUUUUGCAACUUCACAGAUCCAUAAAGAAUGAUUAAAAGGAAUGGUUUGGAUUUUAUAAAGCAAAGUUCAGUUUACAACUUGGAGACGUGUUUUUUCCUGCAGAGAUGAAAUGAACGGCAGUGCAUAGACUGACUACCAAAGAUGCUCAAUUAUGUUGUUUCUAUGCUCUGAUUCUUUAUGCUCUGAUUCUUUUAUUUUUUCUAACAUUUGCACUGAACUGUAAUUAACAGAUGGAAAUGGGGAUCUGACAAGUUAACAUUAUUCAUAAUGGUUUAAUAAUUUUUUAAAAAAAUAAAAAUACUUUUUACUUUGGGUUGUUUUGUGAAAUCAGCAAAUAUCAGUUCUACAUUUUAUGUGCAAUAUUACGACAUUCUAACCACUUCCCCUAAAUAUGAAAACGGAUACUUGUAGUUAUGCCCGCUUUUUUACCUUACUAUUAUAUGCCAUUUUCUGUUUUGGGUGCAAAUUAAUAUUUUAAUAACAAAAACAAGGAAGCAUAGUUGCAAAUAUUAAACUUUGUUGAAGAAAUCACUCUGGGAAACCCAUGCACUGUGUCUCAUGUUUGUCUAAGCUUUUUUGGGAGGAAAUGACAGCAUUGAAUAAAAAUAUAACUGAAACUAAAA